UCGGAGAGACAACGGCUGAGCGGCUGUAACUGGGAGUGUUUUAUGGCCGCCUACUCAGCACGAUAUCCACAAAUUUCUUCUAUUUAGGAAACAAACGGUGUUUUUAAAGGCCAAGAAAACUAUCGCGCUAUAUUGAGCGACAUUUAUUUAAGGUAAAGUCGGGUAAAUGUGGACAACUUUAAAGUGCUAAAUGAGUCGUCGAGCGAAACUGAACUUCAUCCAUCGCGCAUAGUUCUUAUGAAAAUACUCUCAACGGAAGUCUAACUAGGAUUAAAAACACGGCUUGAAGACGUGGACUUUUGUGUUUUUACGGAGAGCUACGUGAAUUUUACGGGGCAACCAUCUUUUGUAACUUUUUGUCUUCAACAGCAGUGCAAACUGUUGUAGUGGCGUACUAACGUCGGCUAAUUUUAGCAAGCUAGCUAGGUACAUUAGCAGCCUAGCAGUACAGUAGUUUGCUGCUGUCAGGAGUUUCCGACUAAUUCAGACAACUUUGUUUUUAUGACAGUGUCUUUCAUGCGUUUUGCAACAGGUAGACCUUUUGCAAACACGACGAAGCAGUAAAAAACACCAGAAAAUUUUAAACUUACGCGAUAAUUUUCUAUGUUUGUGACUUCAGGUUUUACAGCGGGCAAUGUCAUGAGUUUCUCUUUUUGUUUCGUGUUUUGAAGGUUGUCCUCGUGCUAUAGUAAACAAGUUACUCGAAAGAUGCAGCCUUUGGACACAGUCUAACCCCAAUACCGAGCGACCAUGUUGGAGCAUACAGAAUAACAUCCGACUUUGGCAGGAGACAAGCUUCAAGUCGUGCUUCAUAUUUUUGCGCUGAUGCGAGCAGAAGAGGAAACCUUUCAUUUGUUCUAGGGAUACAAUCGCUUGUCUGAAGUCUCCGUCGGUUUGUGCAUCAAAAUGUCGGCCAUCUCCGCAGCCGAGAAAGUGGACGGGUUUACGAGAAAGUCCAUGAGGAAGGCCCAGAAACAGAGAAAAUCCCAAGGCUCAUCUCAGUACCGCACACAGAGCGCUCCAGUCGAGCUUUCACCGCUGCCUCAGCUCAAAGAUGCCCCAUCCACAGAGCAGCAGGAGUUGUUCACCCAGAAACUCCAGCAGUGCUGCAUGCUCUUCGACUUCCUGGACUCAGUGACAGACCUGAAGAGCAAGGAGAUCAAGAGGGCCACGCUUAAUGAGCUUGUGGACUACGUUUCCACCAACAGAGGGGUGCUGGUGGAGUCUACGUACCCAGAGAUCACUAAUAUGAUCUGCACCAAUAUAUUCCGGACUCUUCCACCAAGUGACAACCCUGACUUUGACCCAGAGGAGGAUGAACCCACUCUAGAGGCUUCCUGGCCUCACAUUCAGCUGGUCUAUGAGUUUCUCCUACGCUUUCUAGAGAAUCCAGACUUCCAGCCGAGCAUUGCAAAGCGCCACAUUGAUCAGAAAUUUGUUCUGCAGCUCCUGGAGCUUUUUGACAGCGAGGACCCGAGGGAGAGGGACUUCCUGAAGACCAUCCUGCAUCGGAUUUAUGGAAAGUUCCUGGGGUUGCGGGCUUUCAUCAGGAAGCAGAUCAACAAUAUUUUCUUAAGGUUCAUCUAUGAAACGGAGCACUUCAACGGUGUUGCUGAGCUGCUAGAAAUCCUGGGAAGUAUCAUCAAUGGGUUUGCGUUGCCUCUGAAGGCAGAACACAAGCAGUUCCUCAUAAAGGUGCUCAUCCCGCUGCACACAGCUAAAGGACUGGCCCUUUUCCAUGCACAGCUGGCCUACUGUGUGGUCCAGUUCCUGGAGAAAGAUCCUACACUCACUGAGCCGGUGAUCCGCGGGCUGCUGAAGUUUUGGCCUAAAACCUGCAGCCAGAAAGAGGUGAUGUUCCUGGGUGAAAUUGAGGAGAUUUUGGAUGUCAUUGAGCCAACGCAAUUCAAGAAAAUUCAGGAGCCGUUGUUCAAACAGAUCUCUCGAUGUGUGGCCAAUCCACACUUCCAGGUAGCAGAGCGGGCGCUGUACUUCUGGAAUAACGAGUACAUCCUCAGCCUCAUCGAGGAGAACAUCGACAAGGUCCUUCCCAUCAUGUUCGGUAGCCUGUACAGAAUCUCCAAAGAGCACUGGAACCCGACAAUCGUAGCUCUGGUCUACAAUGUGCUGAAGACGCUGAUGGAGAUGAACUGCACGCUGUUUGAUGAGUUGACUUCCUCCUAUAAAGCAGACCGGCAACGGGAGAAGAAGAAGGAGCAGGAGCGGGACGAGCUGUGGAAGAAGCUGGACGAGUUGAGGCUCAGCAAUACCAAUCUGGUCCAGAACAACAGCCACGGGCUCCCGAUCGUCCAGAACAACAACAACAACAACAACAACAAUAGUAAUAAUAAUAAUGACAACCAGGACAAGAGCUUCGAGGCUGCAGCUGUCACCACAGACAACAAAGAUCCUGACGUCAGCGUGGCAGCCAGUGAGAGCACACCAUGUGCCAAAUGACACUGGAUGUCAGUUUUUUAUUCCGUAACAGUUUGACAUCGUGUUCAGGACUGUCAGGAGAGGAUUUACGGUGACAGAAACAAAACAAAAACACAAAUUACACCUCAACAGUAUAUUAAAUCUAUUUAGAAUGCCAGCAUUUCUUUGGCAGAAAAAAAAAAAAAUUCAACUUAAGACUAUUUUUGGAUGUUACAGUGUGGCUGCAGUAUCUUGUUUAUUUGUCUGAUCAAAGAUUUAUCCUUUCACAUUUAGUUUCUUAACUGAAAAUGAUUUGUUAUAUUCGUUGUAUGAUACAUGGGAGGGGAGAAUAAUGACUUGAAUUUAAUGUUUCCGAUUGUGCUGCACUUAGACAAGCUGAUUAGCUAUUUAAAGAUGUCUAUUUUUUAAUGUGCUUUUCCUUGUUGCUGCCAACACUUGGGUGCAAACCUUAUGGAAGAAGGGAACUGCGGACUUUGGGAAUAUUUGGGGGCAGACGGGACCAGAUCCAUAGUUAAAUAUUUUGUGUCCAUUAAUGUGUAGAAAAGGACUGUUAUCAGGAGCAGAAGAAGCUACUGGACAGUCAGAGCUGGAAAAGCAUGGCCAAAAAAAAACAACAACAAGACAAACCCUAAAGAUUAAUAAUCCCAGAUAUGGACUGAUAUCUCUCUACAUGACUUUAGUUGGGACUAUGAACUUAAAACUUAUUCUCAAUAAGGGUGGAUGUCAUAUUUGUGAGAGUAUUUUCUCAGUUUCAGGUGUUGGUUAAUAUUUUUAUCUGAAUGAAGCUAAUAGUCGCAACACCUGCAUUUAUAAGAUUACACUAAAGUAUCGAGAAAAUGAAAUGAAAGAAUGAUAUAUUUUGUAGCCUGACUGGAAGUAAAGGAAUUGUUAGAAAUUUUGGGAGAUCGCAGCUUUCUUGAGAGUUAGAGGUCAGAUGACAUAACUGAUGCUAUCAUGGUGACCAGGAAGCUACAGCCAGCAGGUGGCUGAAUUAGCUUAGCGUAAAUACUGGAGACAGAGGGAAACAGCGAGCAUUGCUUUGACCAAAGUGCCAAACACACCAACCCAAUGUGGCCUCUACUUGAACACACCCCAAAGACUACAGCCAACCGCCAACUAGCACGUUCUGCGCCUGCGUGAAAAGAAGGAUUCAAAACAGUAGUUAGCAGGAUUCAUACAGAUGGGCAACUCAAAUUUAAGGACUUUUAAGCACGUAUUUUUAUUUCCACGAUGAAAUUGUUUGCUCCGAAACCACACAUUGCAAGAAAAUUGCGCAAAUUCGUAAAUGGAGCAGAUGUGCGACCUAAAAUCAAUUUAUUAUUAAUUAAGUACUGCUUAUUUACUGCCGAAUUACAGCUCAUAAAUCGUGCUAAUGGCUGACGCUGCUCCGUUGAGCAGGGUAACAAAACACACUGGCGCCGACAAUCUUCUGGAGUUAAUCAACCAAUUACAGCUAAUAUGGCAUUAGCAAAUAAUUGCAACCUUGGCCGUUAUUUGCCUCCUAGUUUAAAACAAUUAUCCAAUAUGUUAAAAAAUACAUUUUCAUUCUGUUCUCCAUUCAGUUAUAUUCAAGUACUUUUUUGAGGACCAAGUUAACAAAUGUUUGAUUUUGAAGGUAUUCCAAGACAUACAUUUCUUAGUGUCAAAUUCAAGCACCUCAAGCACCUUGUAUGAACGCUGUAGGUGGUCAGUUAGCACAUUGACGACCCAAUUGGUUGUCGAAAGAACAAAGCAUAUUGAUCAUUAUAAACAAUUAUACACCGUUUCUGCUUAAGAGCCCAAUGGCCAAAAAAUAAUCUUACAUAAUAUAAAAUGUUUAUUUUGGUCUCAGCCGUUUAUUUGCAGUCCUCACUUUUGUUUCUUUUCUCGAGCUCUGAGCUGAAUUGCUGAUUCAACAAUGAAAAUAGCUGCCAAGAGCAGAUUCAUGCCAACGAUACAGGACACACCGUAAAAACUAGGGUGACAGACGCUCACCGACGGAUAGUUAUGCAAACACACAUUCCUGGUAGAUUACCUCGCAAUCGUCGUGACCAAAGAUAAAAAUAGUUUUUAUUUUUCCUUUAAGAGUUGUAAAAUCCUGUCUGUGAGUAUUACAAACCGUUGUGCAGUGUUUUUAAAGGCAUUACUCUGUUGCUUUAACCAGAUAACAGGAGCAUAUUGUAUUGUCUCACCUCAGCCUUAAACAGUGUGCCGCUACAAGGCAGAUCCAUAGUGCCCCAGGGAUGACGUUUUUCUGUAGUCCGACAUGGAAGUUAACGUCGUCCUGGUUCCCUCUUAAAAAAGUCUGAGAUUUUUCCAUUGGAUUUUGGAUCAUUGCAGAAAAAAGAAAGCUCUGUGGUUAACAAAUGUUAAUGAUACUUUAACAUUUUGUUCAGCAAGAUAAUCUUAACAAAUGACUUCACACGACUUAACGCUGCCACCACAACGAGGCUGUGAAGUCGUGUUCAGCGCGAUGACGUUCUGUAGUCUCAUUUAGCUACUUGUUAGCAACCGCCUUUUUUAAGACACAUAAAAGCUUCACAGUUCACAGUGGAGUAUUUACUGAUGCAUUUUGUAGAACAAAAGUGAAAGUCUCUUUAGCUUGAGUUAAUCACAGACCUUAUUUAAGGCUUCCAACCAAAAACCCAUUCAAAAAAAACAUUGAAUUUGAGUGGAGGUGCUGAAAUACUAACAGAUUUCCAGGUUUUCGGACUAGUUACUAAGGUACUGCAAAAAAUAAAUUUUGCCUUUUUGGGAGAUGUUACGCACACGUGGGUGUUUGUGCUGAUUAAACAACUGAAUUAAAACAUGUUCCAGUGAGCUUCAGCGCUGCUGUCAGGAGUAUUUUAAUAUUUUUGGACGGAGCCAGGCUGGCUGUUCCCCCAGUUUCCAGUUUUUAUACAAAGCUAAGCUAAGAGGCUGCUACAUGUAGCUUUAUAGAGACAUAGGAGUGAUAUCAAAUUUCUCCUCUAAUUCUAGACAAGAGAGCAAAUAAGUGUUUAUCCCAAAAUUUCAGACUUUCAUUAGAAGUCGUAGAUUAAGAAAUAAAAACGUAUGAAACCUACAGUGCUAUAUUUUUAUUGACAAGGCAAAUAUUUUUGAAUGUUUCAUUUUGCAGAUGGAUUAUGAUGGGAUGCAGAAUGUGCUUGAGUGUAUAUUUGUUGAGUGUGUAUAUGUGUAUAUGUUAGUUUGGAGGCUACUUAAAGGGAAAUGCCACUCAGUUUAAGACUUUCUGUACAGUAUAUUGUUUCUGUGGUCCAGGAAGGUGCAGUCAGUGCUUAGGAACAUAAAUGGGUCUCUGUCAAAGCUGAAAAGCAAAGACUUUACGCGUCUUAUCUGGUAUUUUCCAAUGCACAACAGGAUGAUUUUGUGUAUUGUGAGUUUUUAUAUCCAAAAAAGGUUCAUGAUGAAGUAGUGAUAUCAAGUAAACUUCAGAAAAUCAAAGUAAUCUUUACCAUCAAUGCCUGUUCACUCCCUGUAUCUCCAGACUGUAUAACCUCAUGUUUGCUUUUAGUUUCUGACGUAGGGAGUUGAUAAAGGUGUUGAUAAACUUAAUCUGACUGCCGUAGAUCAUAGGAACGACUUGUGACUUUUUUUUUUCAAUUGAAUGGUGUUCCCUCUGAACCCAGAGUGUCUGCUCUUCUUCUAAGUUCAUAUUUCUAGGUCCAGUCUUUUCUGAUGCCUUUCUGUCAGUACAGCAUUCCAACCUCUGUGGCGUUAAAAAACUGCGUGGGGAACCUGUUUUGUAAUCGCAGAUCUUAUUUAGGUUUCACCAUCAAAUAAAGUCUACUUUAUCUUUCUA